CAACACAUCCCAAAACACAUUUCCCUUUGAUUAAGCAGGAAAACAUUCCGAAAACAAGGCCUUGGAAUGUGUCGCUCGAACGAGAUUGACACAUUCUGGAGCCCGCCAGCCUCGGACUGGCCUAGGCUAAAUAGACUAUGAAUUGAUCCCUUGGCGUAUUCGGGUGACACCGAGCACUGCGACAACACGUGGCGAUAUAGUUCGUCACAGUUUAUAUCGCGAUUGUUUCACAGUGGCAGCACAGCUCUAAGACACCUGUUGAUAUGGAAACAAGACAAAUCGAAGACAUGGAUAGCUCACCUGAUAAAGUCAUCCCACCUGAGAACUUUGAAGAUUUGAUUGCACGGCUUCGGGACAUAUUUCAGUCCGACAAAGUCAAUAUUGACUAUGUCAAAAGCCUCAUGAGUGCAUAUAAGAGCGAUAGAAGUGAAUGGAAAAAAUUCGCAAAAUUUGACCGUAACAGGUACACAAGAAACUUGGUGGACACCGGGAACGGCAAGUACAACCUCAUCAUGCUGUGCUGGAAUGAGUCGCAGGGAAGCAGCAUCCACUCGCACGCCAAUUCCCACUGCUUCAUGACCGUCUUGGAUGGCACCCUGCAGGAGGAGUUCUACGAGUGGCCCACCGAGUCUGAAGAAGACGCGGAAAUGACGGCUGUCGGCACCAACACUUACAACAAAGGCCAGACUGCCUACAUCAGUGAUGAACUCGGCCUUCAUCGGGUAGAAAACCCGAGCCACUCCGAUCGGGCAAUCAGCCUUCACCUGUACUCGCCACCAUUCGACGAAUGUGAAUGUUUUGACCAGAAGACGGGACACUGCACAAAAUCCAAGGUCACCUUCUGGUCUAAAUUCGGCAAGAGGACGCCAUUUGGAAGGGCAGAGACAGCAAUGACACCCGAAAACAACUAGACUGUCAACUGAGGUCUGUUCGACGGUCACCCGCGCACACAGAUUAACAAGGGAGAACCCCCGUAUAUUACAGAUAGAAAUUCUACUGCAGGGAUUGAUUAUAGCGUAAUAUAGAAAGUUAUAGAAAUUCGCAAUUGUCCAGGGUAUUAAGUCUUCUUUUACGAAAAAAACCUCGACCAGCCCCCAUCAAAGCUUCGUUCCGGAAGUGACGUCAUUUCUAUAUCUCUUUUCAGUCCUUCAGCACCGAAUGUCUCUCGCUCAUAAGUGUGAUUUGAUUGGACGGCUAUUUUUAGCAUCAUGCCAUUUGAAGGGUCUUAAACAGAAACUAUGCAAGUGGGUUGGUCGAGUUUAUUUUUCAUAAUAGAAAUGAAAUACCCUGGAUAAGGAAAAUGGUAUUGUAGUAUACCUAUCAUGUAGAUUGUGUUAUAAUAUAUAUGGUUAUUAAUCGCAACUAUGUUUACAAUGUAAUAGAGGCAAGACUUCUUUAGUUUUGGUGUACAGAUUUUUAUACUGAAAAAUGUGGUCGGUAGGUCAAACAUGCUUUGUACAUGAUUUUUCAAGUUUGAUUUGGAUCUGGAGGUGAUAGAUUUAUAACGACGAUUUAUCGUUGGAAUCUGAUCUAUUUUAGUUGUAUAUAAAUCUCUUGGGUUAUUUUUAGUGUCAGGCAAUCUUUACCGUUGGCGUUAUUUAAAAACACCUCGUCAUUCUGUUUGUUUUGUUUGUGAAUUUUCGAUUUGUAAGGUCGGCAGAUCCAUAAAU